GUGCAUUCUGCUGCUUAUCCGGGGAUGUCACACCGCUGCUCUUCUCUCCCCUCGGUCCCUCUCACUCUCAGCCCGCAGCUCCACAGCACCGACACCGGGACACGGACGGACAACGACCGGCGCUAAACCAGAACCAGAGGGGCCGACCAUGGCAGAGCUGGCAGCGGGAAGCCUGCCGUUAGGGGACCCGGCCUUCAACUACCAGGACGAGGAGCUGACGGAGCGGCUGAAGCGGCUCUACCCGGCGGUGAACGAGGAAGAGACCCCGCUGCCUCGCUCCUGGAGCCCGAAGGACAAGUACAGCUACAUCGGCCUGUCACAGAACAACCUGCGGGUCCACUACAAAGGUCACGGAAAGAACCACAAAGACGCAGCAUCAGUGCGAGCCACACACCCAAUCCCUGCUGCCUGUGGGAUCUACUACUUUGAAGUCAAGAUUGUCAGCAAAGGUCGAGAUGGGUACAUGGGCAUUGGCCUGUCCGCCCAGGGAGUCAACAUGAACAGACUGCCUGGAUGGGACAAGCACUCGUACGGUUACCACGGAGACGACGGCCACUCCUUCUGCUCCUCCGGGACCGGCCAACCCUACGGCCCCACCUUCACCACGGGCGACGUGAUUGGCUGCUGCGUUAACCUCAUCAAUAACACUUGCUUUUACACCAAAAAUGGCAUCAGUUUAGGUGUAGCCUUCACAGACCUCCCUCCCAACCUGUACCCCACGGUGGGCCUCCAGACACCGGGCGAGAUCGUAGACGCUAACUUUGGCCAGCAGCCGUUUGUGUUUGACAUCGACGACUACAUGAGCGAAUGGCGAGCCAAGAUCCACGGCAUGAUCGCUCGCUUCCCCAUCGGAGAGAGGCUGGGCGAGUGGCAGGCCGUCCUGCAGAAUAUGGUGUCCAGCUACCUGGUGCACCAUGGGUACUGUGCCACCGCCACAGCCUUCGCCAGAGCCACAGAGACCCUGAUACAAGAGGACCAGACGUCUAUAAAGAACAGACAGAGAAUACAAAAGCUGGUGCUCGCCGGACGCGUGGGCGAAGCCAUAGAAGCCACUCAGCAACUUUACCCCGGCCUGUUAGAGCACAACCCCAACUUACUAUUCAUGUUGAAGUGUCGUCAGUUUGUGGAGAUGGUGAACGGCACCGACAGUGAAGUUCGCUGCUUGACCAUUCGCUCCCCGAAGUCCCAGGACAGUUACCCCGGCUCCCCGAGCCUCAGCCCCCGGCACGGAGCCGGCAACACACACCUGCAGCCCGGAGCAGGAGAAAGCCCUACCUGCAGUAACGGGGUUACUCCUCCCAGUAAGUCAAAGAGCCACGGCGGCACAGGUAGCAGCAGUGUCAAAUAUCCCAGCGCGUCUUCUUCUGCAUCCUCAUCCACCUCCUCCUCCCCUUCCUCAGUCAACUACUCUGAGUCCAACUCCUCCGAUUCCACCAAGCCACACAGCGCCAACAGCACCCAGGAAACCAGUGACAGUGAGAUGGAGAUAGAAGCAGAGCACUACACCAACGGGGUCGUUGAAGGCUCCUCCGCACGGAUCAUGAACGGGACAUACAAACAUGAAGAGAUCCUUCAGCCAGACGACAACAGCAUCGGCAAUGGGGUCACAGACGAGGGUUGUAUUAAUGGCAAACAGCUUUGUGGAGGGAACCAGGCGGCCACCGAGCGGAUGAUCCAGUUUGGACGGGAACUGCAGGGACUCAACGAACAGCUGUGCCGCGAGUACGGCAAAAACGCCACGCACAAGAAGAUGUUACAGGAUGCGUUCAGUCUGUUAGCGUACUCCGACCCGUGGAACUGCCCCGUCGGCCAGCAGCUAGAACCCACGCAGAGAGAAACACUCUGCUCUGCUCUCAACAGCGCCAUACUGGAGUCUCAGAACCUGCCGAAGCAGCCUCCUCUGAUGUUAGCGCUGGGCCAGGCCACGGAGUGCGUUCAGCUCAUGGCCCGAGUCCGGUCUGGGUCCUGCUCUUUCGCCAGAGUAGACAACUUUUUGCACUAGCCCCGGUCCAGGUUAAUGUUAAGUAGCACUGAGAGAAGGCAUGUCCAGCAGGUAGUUGUCAUGGCGACGGAGGAAAGAGCAUGCGUGUGAUUGGUGUGUUUGGCUGUCCUUCAGACCGAACCAGCAGGCACCGACCGAGGAGCAGAGGAGGACGUGACGGAGAGAGAGAAGAAAGCUUCCUUUUAAUUUAGUAUUAUCAAACAAAGAAAUGUGUGACACUAUUUAAAGAUGAUUAAUUAUUAUUCUGUUUAUCUAGCCUUUCUUUUUUUUUUUGUUCUUUUUGUUUUGUCCGUUUGUUGUGCUCAUCCUGGACAAAGACUAAAUUGUAAAACCCCCCUUAUUUUAUUCUUCUGUUUUAAAGGGGGGAUUUUUGAUUCCCUGCAAUCAGUAUUUUACUCACGUUGUUGUUGUUCACCAUAUCACAGUCCACAAUACUCACAGCUGGUUACCACGGUGACCCCCCCCCACGACUGUAGGUCACCAUAACAAAACCUGAAGUAUAUUACAUCAUCUUUAAUAAAAAAUGUAGAAGACA